AUGGACAAGUUGAGACCGCUAGGGCGUGGAAUCGAUGAUUUACUGCUACCUACUUUCGCGGCUUACGCGCCGCUCGUCCUCGCUAAGGAGACCGAAAUCAAGUCUACGCGACGCGAGACGUAUAAGUACGGGGCAACUUCACGACAGCAGCUAGACGUCUAUUAUCCGAACCAAGGUAAAGCGGCCCCACAGUUCCGCGCGAAGCCCGUGUUCAUCUUUCUAUACGGAGGCGGGUUCGUAGGCGGCAGUAAGAUAAACGAGGAGUAUGCCCAUGGCCUUGUAUUUAAGAAUGUUGGCCACUUCUUCGCUUCCCGCUAUGGCUUUACUGUUAUCGUCCCGGACUACCGCCUCAUUUCUCACGGCGCUAAGUAUCCCUCUGGUGGCGAGGAUGUUAAGCUUGUCAUCGACUGGAUCGCGAAGGAGUUGACGAAGCAGGAGGGAUAUGAGUCUACUGACUUGUUUCUACUGGGUAAUUCUGCUGGAGGUAUUCAUGUUACGACAUACCUCCUGGACCCUGAAUUCAAAGAGUCUAGGGAGUCGGUUGUAUCCGAGGAGCGAAAAGGCCCGGGUGUGCUACUCAGAGGCGUGAUACUGCUCGGCGUACCGUUCCACUGGGGCGGUGACGACAACGCAAUCCUACGAGCAUACUUAGGGGAGGGCAAAAUCCGGGAGAACUCGUCGCUUGGUAUUCUGGAGAAGGAGAAAAAGAAGGACGCCGAGCCGGUUUUACCCGGUGUCAAGAUCAGCAUCCUCGUUAGCGAACUGGACCCCGAGCUUAUGUAUGAAUCGGCACAGCAGUUCAAGAAGGAGUGGACGAAGGCCGAUAUCGACUACGAUAUCCUAGACGGGCACAAUCAUAUCAGCCCUCAACUAGGCCUGAGUACGGGCGUUGAGAAGGAGGAGGCUUGGGGCGUACAGGUUGCCGAGUUCUGUCAAUCGCGUGCUACUAAAUAA